AUGGCAGGUACCCCAUCUGCCACAUCAGCGACUUCGAGUGCGAAGCGCAGAAGCGGCCCCCUCAAAUUCUACGCUGUCAAAGCCGGGAGAGUGCCAGGCGUCUACCAGAACUGGGAGGACGUGCGCCAGCAGACCGAAGGCUUCAACAACCACGAGGUGCAGUCGUUUUCCACAUAUACCGACGCAGAAGCAUUUGUCAAAGGGACCCUCGUCAAGCGACCCAAGCCCCCGAAGCCAAAGUUUUACGGAGUAGCAGUCGGACGCGCGCCCGGUGUCUACACAGAUUGGCCAACUGUAGAGUCGCAUACAAAGGGAUUUAAAGGUGCAAAGCAUCAAGGAUUUGCUACACGCGAAGAAGCCCAGGCUUUUGUCGAUCGGGCUAGGAAAGGUUCCAGUGCGCCUAUAAGCUUACAGGGUCACUUAUCUACCGCCUCAUCAGUAGCAGUGGGCAAGAUGGAGCCGAGUGCUGAACAUGCGCCCAAGCGACAGAAACGGGAGCACGCGCCGCCUGCAACAACUUUGACCAACGGAGAUCACAAGACCGAACCGGGCAUGGGGCCCCUUCCGCCUGGCGCAGUAGAUGGCUUCGACCCAACGAUAAAGUUGGAUGAAGCUGCGGGCAACAUCAGAGCAAAGACUGCGGACGAACUCAGUGCAACCAAACAACACCCAACGGGAAAUUUUAAGGGCCCGUUGGUAGUACAUACAGACGGAGGCUCCAGAGGAAACGGCAAAGUAGGCGCCAGAGCAGGCGUGGGUGUCUACUUUGGCCCCAGAGAUCCCAGGAACGUUGGAGAACCUUUAAGGGGAGAACGACAAACCAACCAGCGAGCCGAGCUUGUCGCCAUAGCCCGAGCUCUCGACCAUGUACCAAUCGACCGUGAUGUCGAGAUUAGGACAGAUUCAUACUACUCUAUCCGUUGUCUGCGUGAAUGGUUCCAGAACUGGGAGACCAAGGGCUGGAGAAACGCAGCUGGCAAGAGCGUGGAGAAUAAGGAACUCAUCCAGCCAAUACUUGCGAGGAUACGAGAGCGUCUGACAUGCAAGGGCAAGACAACAUUCGUCUGGGUCAAGGGACACAGCACUGAUAUAGGCAACAUCGCAGCCGACGCUUUGGCAAACGAGGGCAUGGAUAAAUGGACUCCGGAGCUGACGUCAGGAACUCCGUUUGACAUGUCGGAAACACUCAGAACAAAGUAUACUUUACCAUCACUCACCAAGCCCAAGCAAGAAGACGACGACGAGUUUGGCGAGGAUCCAUUCAAGGAUUAUUUUGACGGCCUAGAAGCGGAGAGGAUGGCGAAUGAAUUGGUAGAGGAUGCGGAUUCCAGAGCUUCUACUCAUUAA